AGAGGAGCAGCUGUUGGGUUUUUUGCAGUGUGCACAGGGAGGGCGCCUGUCUCGAGUGAGUCACACACACACAUGCGCGCGCGCAUACACACGCACAUACACACACACACACACACACACACACACUCACACACCUCUCAGAGGAGAAAAGGAAGGCUGGAGAGAGGCAGAGGACAGCAAGCAGCAGCAGCAGCGGCAGCGGCAGUGAGGAGAGCCGCCAGUGGCGCCCCAGCAGCAGCAGCCACAGCAGCGGCAGCGGCUACAGCCUGGGUUGCGGCGGCGGCGGCAGCGCUGACACAUCGCGCUGACACAUCCCACCAUGGACAGCUUCGACUUAGCCCUGCUUCAGGAAUGGGACUUAGAGUCUCUAUGUGUCUAUGAACCAGACAGAAAUGUGUUACGGAGGAAAGAACGGGAAAGGAGAAAUCAGGAAACUCAGCAGGAUGAUGGCACAUUUAGUACAAGUUACUCCCUCUUCAGUGAACCUUACAAGACUAACAAGGGGGAUGAGCUCUCAAAUCGGAUCCAGAAUACUUUAGGCAGUUAUGAUGAAAUGAAAGACUUCUUGACCGACCGGUCCAAUCAGAGUCACCUUGUUGGAGUUCCCAAACCUGGAGUUCCACAGACCCCUAUGAACAAAAUAGAUGAGCAUUUCAUUGCUGACUCACGACCACAGCCCCAGCCUCCUAUCUGCAGCACCUCAUCUUCCACACCAGCAGCUGUACCCGUGCAGCAGAGCAAGAGGGUCACUAUGGGCUGGCAGAAAGUUGGGCAUCCCACAUCUGAUGGCCAGCAAAGGGCAAGCAAGCAUGGGCAUAGAUUGCUUGAUUCACACAAUAGUGACUUCAAAUCUGCUAACCAAAAAACCAGUAAUGAGAAACCUAAACACUGUGUCUCAAGCCCCACAUCCUCCUCCUCCUCCUCCUCUUCCUCCUCCUCCUCUUCCUCUUCUUCUUCCUCCAAUUCCACACAACCAGGACCUCCAAGGACCAUGCUUGGAGACACUGUCAGCAGGCAGCAGUCACGGUCCAAACAAAGCUGUAGUGUGGAAAUGGGUCUGCAACCCCAAGAAAGGACAUCUACCAUGUCUGCCAAACACAGCAGUGGUGGGCACUGUGUUCAGAACUUCCCUCCUUCUCUUGCUUCAAAACCAAGUCUAAUCCAGCAGAAACCAACUGCUUAUGUUCGGCCAAUGGAUGGCCAAGACCAGGCUCCUGAUGAAUCUCCUAAACUCAAGUCUUCAACAGAAACUAAUGUACACUGUACAUCCUAUAGAGGAGUACCUGUCAAUAAAGCAGAAUCAUCCAGGACCAAGUCCAAGCUAGCAAAAUUUAGCAUUCCCAAACAGGGAGAGGACAGUGGAUCAGGCGAUAACAGCUGUGUUGAAGAAAUAUUGCGGGAGAUGACCCAUUCCUGGCCUCCACCUCUUUCUGCUAUCCACACUCCUGGUAAAGUAGAAGCAAGCAAGUUUUCAUUUCCAAAUAAGGACUCUCAGCAUGUAUCUACUGGACACAACAAUCCAAAGAAAGGUGAUGCUGAGCCAAAGAGCCCGGACAAUGGUACAUCAAAUACAUCAAUGCUAGAAGAUGACCUUAAGUUAAGUAGUGACGAAGAAGAGAACGAGCAGCAGGCCGCACAGAGAUCUGCUCUCCGCGUUCUGUCUGACAGCUCGGUGGUGCAGCAGCAGGCCAAUAGCAGACCCUCGGGCCCCUCCAGCAAGGGGUCGAGCAGCGGCAGCUCCAGCAGCAGCAGCAGCAGCUCCAGCGACUCGGAGAGCAGCUCGGGCUCCGACUCGGAGAGUGAAAGCAGCUCCAGUGGGAGUGAAGGUAGCAAGCCUUCUCACUACUCCAGCCCUGAGCCCGAACAAGCUUCUUCCAACAAGUGGCAGCUGGAUAAAUGGCUCAACAAAGUGAAUCCCCAUAAGCCUCCACUCCUGAACCAAAAUGAGAGCCACGGGUCAGAGGGCAGCCAGUACUACAACCGGGGAAAGGAAGAAGCCCAGGAGUGCGGGAAAUUAACUACCCUGGGCCAGACAGGCCUCAGAGAGAAGGACAUCAAGGGCGCCUGCAAGGAGGAGCAAAGGCCUAGGACUGCUAACAAGGCCCCUGGGACUAAAGGGGUGAAGCAGAAGUCUCCUCCCGCCACCGUGCCUGCGCCCCCCGCGGCCGCCCCCACAGCACCCCCUGUCGUCCCCGCCACUGUCCCCGCUGCUCUCAACACAGGCCCCACUGGGGGCGCCCCUGCCGCUGCCGAAGUCACAGGUCCACCUCCCCCUCCCCGAAGGUCGGCCUGCAAGAAGCCCCCAAGGAGGACGACGACAACGACGACGACGACGAUAACGGAGAGGGCCUCAGCGGGAGAAAGCGCCAACUGUCACCGGCCGCCUGUCGAGGAGCUGGCGGCUAGCGAGGCGCUCCUGGAAAGCCCCGCCCCCGAACCCCCCAAGACAAGGCCCUGCGGCGGCGGUGGCGCCAGGACGGGCCACCGCAAAGAACUUCGCUCUUGCUCCUCCUCCUCCGCAGCGGCUGCGGCGGCGGCGGCGGCGGCAGCCGCGGCAGCCUGCGAGAAGCGCCGCACGCGGGGCCUGAGCAAGACGGCACCCAAGUCGAAGGAAUUCAUCGAAACCGAGUCGUCGUCGUCGUCGUCUUCCUCCUCGUCCUCAUCCGACUCCGAGCCGGAAUCGGAACCCGAGGACUAUCCAGGCCCCAAACCCCCGGCGGUGGGCCCGGCCCCCUCUUCAUCAACGUCUUCUGCCUCUUCCUCCUCCUCCUUCUCCGGGGGUGACCAGCGGCUCCGGGAGGGCAGCCUGGGCAGCGGCGGCGGCGGCGGCGGCGGCAGCAGCAGCAACAGCGGCAGCAAUGCCAACAAGGCCGUGGGCUCCAUCAACGCCAGGACCUCUAGCGACGCUGCCAAGGAGCUCGAGGAGCAGUUCUAUACCCUCGUCCCCUUCGGCCGGAACGAGCUGCUCUCCCCGCUCAAGGACAGUGACGAGGUGAAGGCCCUCUGGGUCAAAAUCGACCUGGCCCUUUUAUCCAGGAUCCCAGAGCCCUCACCACCGCAGGACCCCGCUGCCCUGGCCGCCCCCGGGGCCAAAGAAGCCGAUCCAGGCCUACAGAAUCACGCCCCGGACCUGCAGCCCGCCGAGAAGGGUUUGCCGAAGUCUAAGCGGAAACGCAAGUGUGAAAAUGAGGAGGAGUUUAGGGAUAUCAAGAAGACUCAGGGAGAGAAAGAGUGUUCCUCACGAUUGACUGCUUCCACCAACAGUGCUUCAUCAACAAGCCAUUGCCACUUGAACACCAGUAGCUUGGCAAUACCAAUAAAUAAAAAUGAGAAAAUGCUUCGGUCACCCAUUUCACCCCUCUCAGAUGUGUCAAAACACAAAUACUCCAAUGAUGAUUUAACUUCUUCCAGUAGACCUAAUGGCAGCGGUCUGUUCACUUCCAUCUCCUCCAGCAAAAAGCAUAAGAUGGAGAAUCAGUUGCAGCCCCAUUCUGGAGACCUUGCUAAAACAGUGCAUAACAGCUCUGAAAACAUUCUCUUCUAUAAUAAACCACGGCCCCAGACAGAACCAUGGUCACCAUUAUCCAAUGGGCACCGAGACUGCAGAAGACAAAAGCUCAUCUUUGAUGAUAUGCCACGCAGUGCAGACUAUUUUAUGCAAGAAGCUAAACGAAUGAAACAUAAAGCAGAUGCAAUGGUGGAAAAAUUUGGAAAAGCUUUGAAUUAUGCUGAAGCAGCCCUGUCAUUUAUCGAAUGUGGAAAUGCAAUGGAGCAAGGCCCAAUGGAAUCUAAAUCUCCCUAUACUAUGUACUCAGAAACAGUUGAACUCAUCAGGUAUGCUAUGAGACUAAAAACCCACUCGGGCCCAAAUGCCACUCCAGAAGAUAAACAGUUAGCUGCAUUAUGUUACCGCUGUCUGGCUCUCCUGUAUUGGCGGAUGUUUCGACUCAAAAGGGACCAUGCUGUAAAGUAUUCAAAAGCACUUAUUGACUAUUUCAAGAAUUCAUCUAAAGCUGCCCAGGCCCCAUCUCCUUGGGGCGCCAGUGGAAAGAGCACAGGAACUCCAUCCCCCAUGUCUCCCAGCCCUUCUCCAGUCAGCUCAGUGGGUUCUCAGGGGAGUCUCUCCAGCACUAGCACCCCUUCCCCAUCAUCCAUAAUUAGCAUUCCACAUCGGAUCCAUCAGAUGGCAGCCAACCAUGUCAGUAUCACCAACAGCAUUCUGCACAGCUAUGACUACUGGGAGAUGGCUGACAACCUCGCCAAGGAGAACAGAGAGUUCUUUAAUGAUCUGGAUUUGCUGAUGGGGCCCGUCACCCUGCAUAGCAGUAUGGAACACCUAGUUCAGUACUCCCAGCAAGGACUGCAUUGGCUCCGAAAUAGUGUUCACUCAUCGUAGUGAUUGUGUGCCAUUUAGCCGGACUGUGUAAUAAUCUCCCACGGACUGUUCAAUGAUUCUGGACACUGUGCUACCGUAAUUCUCAGUCACAGCAUUUAUCCAAAUGAAGGUGAAUAUUUCUUCAGCAUCGAACAAUGAUAUUUUUCCAGGGUGUGUGUGUAUUUGCAAGUGUGGGUGUGUCUGAAGUUGUCUGUGUAUGUUUGUAAAAUAUAUGCGGCUCUUCAGAAUUCAUCUUCCCCUCCUGUAGUCUCCAUAACCUUAGGCUAGGCAGAAGUGACAAGAAAUGUCUGAAGAGAGAAAAUGCACACAUAUAUACAUGCACGCACACACACACACACACACACACACACACACACACACACACCACAUAUGCUUUCUAGUUCAAUAUUAUACCUUGGAUUCUUAGAAAAUUCAGCCAAAAUCUCAUGGGUUAGUUAAUCAAGUGCAAUAAAGCACAUUGAAAGCUUGACUGCCAAUUUAGAUGCUCCUAGAACAUACAUUAUUGAUUUCUUUUUUCAGUCUUAAUGUACUGUCUCUUCCCCUCAUUUGCUGAUUGGUGUGUGUUAAUGAGUAAUUGAGAAAUGAAAUUACGUGUGUUUUUUGUGCAGGAAGUUUCAGUGGAUUUCAUGUUACCUUGAUUCCAUUUUCUGUUACCUAUCAUUCAGCCUUAUUUUAUCAUCUAAGAAUACAACAGUAAGCAAAAGAGAUUUUUCCUAA